AUGGUAGUUCAAUUGUAAUAUUACAUAGAGUAUAUUUAUUUUUAGCAUGGAAAAUUAGUUUAUCCUAAAUCUAAUAGAGAUGGUUGUCUACCUUUCAAACUAGAAGAUUUUAAUGGCGAUGAACUAGCUGAACAAGCUUCUGUAAAGGAUAUCAUUAUGGUCGAUAGAGGAUUAUGCUCUUUUGUAGCCAAAGUUAGAAAUAUUGAAGCGUUUGGUGUGCAUUUAGCAGUUAUUGCUGAUACUGUCAAUGAAUUUACUGAGGCCAUUGUAAUGGGCGAUGACGGAACUGGCCAUGACAUUAAGAUUCCAGCUUAUAUAAUUAAGUCAACAGAUGCCGAGAAAAUUAAGGCAUAGCUCGAGAAUGCUAAAAUUGAAGAUUCAUAUGUUUUCAUAAAAUCAGAUAUCGAAAUAGCUCAUCCUGACAAUAUUGUUGAGUAUGAACUCUUUUAUAGUUCAAUAAUAGAUCUCGAUAACAGACUUUUAGAAGAUUUGGCCAGGUAUUAAGCUGCAUUUGGUGAUAAUGUAGUUUUUACUCCUCGAAUCAGGUCUUAUAGUUGCAUACCUUGUUCAAGUAUUACUAGAUAAUAGGACUGUUUGUCUGAUGGUGGUUAUUGUCCACUUAGAAGUAACAAUCUUGUCGAGUUAACUUUGGAUGAUAUCCCAAGACGUCUAAUUAUGGAAGAAUCAUUGAGAGAAAAAUGUUUACUCACCUCUCUCAUAAAGAAUAGUGACUUAUCACGAGGGACAUAGAGAUGGUUCGAAUAUAUGCUUGCAUUCUAAAGCUCUUGUCUAUCCAAUUAAAACUUCAAUGCCGAAUGUUCAUAUGAAUAGAUGUAACAAAUUGGACUUAGAGACAUAUAGGAGAUUGUAAACUGCUAUAACAGCUCUUUUAUAAUAAAUAAGACACUCACCUAUAAUGAAUUUGAGCAUAAUGCAAUUUUAGACGAAGAUUAUGAAAGAGCAGAAAUGUUUUCAGUGAAAAUUAAUCCCUCUAUAGUUAUAAAUAAUAUGACAUACCGUGGUGAUUUUGAGGCAUAUGACAUAUUUAUGGCGAUAUGUUCAGGGUUUUCUUCAAGACCUAAUAUUUGCAAGCUGGAAAAUAUGAGUAAAAUUGAAAAGUCUAGAUUCAGAAGAAACGGCAAUCACUAAAGAUCUCAUCAUAUCAAUUUUAUUCAUGUUGGCGUAGCUAUAUUCAUAGUGGUGUCUAUCAAUUUAGGAGCACUUUGUGCCUACAGAUAUUUCAAUAAAAAGAAGCUAAAAACACAAUUAAAUUAACAUGUUAACAGUGCAGUAAGCUAGUACUUCAAAAUAUCUUAGAAUGAAUCAUAGAAUGAUAUCUAAGAGUGA